AUGAACUAAGAGAGUUCGACUCUAGUCUAACAGAACAAUUAGAAUUCAACAAGAAAGAAUAAUAAGAGCAGUAAAAAACAACAAUUCCAUCGAUCAACGAUCCAAGUGAAGUAACUUAGUCUUGAACAGUAAAUGUAUCAAACAUAGAUUGACAAUCAAAAUAACAAGUAAUUAUCCAUUUUUGACGAGUUAAAUGAUGUCAAGAAUCGUCAUUUCCAAUCCUAGUAAAGAUCAAUCACUCCUCUAGAGAAUCAUAAUAUAGAUUACAAAGCAUAGCAAAAUUAACAUACACAGUCAUUGAAUAGAGAAUUUUGUAGCAAAAACUUUGGAUUUGGUGGUAAAAAUCAACUAUAUUUGAGAUAAUCUAUGAUAAGCAGAAACUCAUCAGCAAAAUCCUUUGCAGAAAGAUCUUAAAAAGAGAUACUAUCUCCAUUCUAUAAGCCUUUUGAAAUCUUCUUUACCAACAGAAAGAAAUCUCCUUACCUGACUUAGAGAUCUUAGAAUCAAUCAGCUUGUUCUCCAAAGCAAGAAGGUGGUACAUUUUAAUCUUAAAGAAGCAAAGACAACACCAUUGUGAAAAACAGUUAAUUAGUCAGCAGUUUUUAGCCUCAAAACUCUUACAAUAAUUAAGUCUCAUUUAGAUCUAAAACUCCCUCAUUUCAUACUAUAAUGACAGAUAAAAUUAAUCGAUGCUCUUAGUUCUCAUCAAUGAAAAAUAAAGAGAAAAGCAAAAGAGAAAGUAUUGCAAAUGAGAAUGUUUAAAAUACCAAAAGUGCAUAAAGUUACUUCAAUUAGCAUAUAAAAAAGAAAAUCAUAAUUGAGUCCCAGAAGAGGUUUUGUAAUAAUUAGUAUAAAUUGCAAUUGGACAGUAGUAACAGUAAAAAUGAAAAAAUCAAAUAAAGAACUAGCAAUAGUCAUACACCUUGCAGCAAUAAAAAAUAGAAUCAAAUAGAAUCGAGAAGAAACUCCAGAAACAUAAACUAAAAAUAGAAUAACACAUAUCAAGCAUUUGAUAAAAACAGGUUGCAAACUUUGAGAAUUGAACAAGAGAAAUUCUUGAGAAAUAGCGAGGACGAUUUAAAUUACUCUACAGAUAAUGAUAUUGAGUAGAUUAAUAAUACUAUGAAGGCCUAGGUAGUGUCUAUUGAUACAAGAUAGAAAGCAAUUACUAAAGAUUAGCAGAUAUAAACAUUAGAUGAACAUCAUAGUUGUAAUGCUUAAACUCUUAAUCCUGAAACUGAAGAUCACGUCUGUUGUCAUGCGGAAGGAUAGAGACAUUAAAUGACCAGAUAUGCUCUAGAGAAAGCACUUAAACUAGCAGAGAUUUUAAUGAAAGAGGUUUAAAGACUUGAUAAUGUGGUACAAAAUCAUAAUUAUGUUCUAGCCCAACACAAUUUAGCUGACCUUUAGACUUAAGAGUAUACUGAGAAGGUGGUUGAAAAGAAGUAAAUGAGCAAAGUGAAGAGAGAGCUAUUUAAAGAGAUCGACCAUCUGAAUAGAAUCUAGCAAGACACUAGUAUUAAAAACCCCUCAAGUGAAAAUAUAAGAGACCUGUAUAGUAAGACUAGGAAUCAUAUUGAAAAGACAGGAUCUAUGACUAGUGUCAAAGUUCCUAGUACUUCUUCUCGGAUCUCAAAGAAUUAAAAGGAAAAUAACUGCCUCAAGGACUCAUCGUUAUUGUUAGCAGAUGUUACUGCUUGUGUUAAACAGCUCGAUAGGAAAAUGAGUGGAAGGAUUCUCGGAAGAUAAUGA